AUGACUGACAAAGCUGAUCAAACAAACCCCUUACUGCGGCGGCCCCUUUAUGUCUUUGAUCUACCGCCUGAAUUGCUCUUUACCCUCUCUCUUGCAGGAGGAAACCAUCCUAAGCCGGAAGACUCGCCGUCUGGAAUCAUAUCGCUAAAUCCUGAAGUGAACCACAAUGAUGACGGUGUUGCAAUCUCCACCUCCUGCGCCUUAUGCCAGGUUUCGUUGAACAAUGUCCAAGACCAGCGUCUCCAUGUCAAAUCCGACUUCCACCGCUACAACUUGAAGUUGAGCAUAAAACAAAUCCCUCCGGUUGACGAAGCCACGUUUGCGAGGAUGAUUGGUGACCUGGAUGAAUCACUUUCUGGCUCAAACUCCGAAGACUCUGAGGAUGAAGACGAGAAUGAGGCAAAGCUUGAAGAAACAACGUUGAGUGCGCUGCUGAGAAGGCAAGCUAAGAUAUCCCACCAAGAGCCGGACGGUGAUAUAAGCACGUCAUCUAAGAGAGGCUUUGGAAACACACCGUUGCUAUGGCUGUCAAGUCCAAAGGUAGGCGAUAAUGUUAGGUUAGGUAUUUAUAGGGCUAUAUUGUCGAACGAAGAUCAGGAAAGUAUGUCGACGUCACUGAUCGAUAUCAUCAAGAGGAAGCAGUUAAAGCCGGCGAUGGCGAAACACAGCGAAAAAUCGCAGUCAGAUGCAACACAAACUGGUCAGGCCGAUCCGCAUUUCUUCCUAUGCAUGAUUGGCGGCGGUCAUUUCGCAGCCAUGAUUGUCUCGCUUGUUCCGGAAUUGAGAAAGGGGCCGGGAGGGAUAGAAGAGCGUCAUGCCGUGGUCAGAGCUCAUAAGACAUUCCAUCGAUAUACCACCCGACGGAAACAAGGGGGCUCUCAGUCUGCUAGUGACAAUGCCAAAGGAAACGCUCACUCCGCUGGAUCCUCGAUACGAAGGUACAACGAAAUGGCUCUGGAGGCUGAUGUUAGAAAUGUGCUGUCCGAAUGGAAAGGCAUGAUUGACAGCGCGGAGUUGCUCUUCAUCCGAGCUACAGGUUCCACGAACAGGAGAACACUGUUCGGACCCUACGAUGGUCAAGUGUUGCGGAGCCAUGAUAAACGAAUUCGUGGAUUUCCUUUCAGCACACGUCGGGCAACUCAAGCUGAGCUUCUCCGCUCGUUUCAGGAACUUACGAGAUUGAAGGUGAACAAGCUGUCUGAACCUAAUCAAGAGAAGCCGGCCGUUGAGCAGCCUGCUUCGAAGGAGUCGAAACCGAAAGCAUUGGCUCCAAAGCUUAGCAAGGAAGAAGAAACUGCACAAUUUCAUACCUCCCAGCUGCAGGCUUUGAUCCGACGGUCAAAGGCGCCUGGAGUUCUUCUCUACCUGACCAAGAACGAGCUGUCGCCCAAUUUCACACUCUUCCCUUCUUCCGAACAUCAUCACGCACCUACUCCAUUACAUCUCUCUGCAUCAACAAAUUCUCCUGCUCUAGUGUUAGCUUUACUCACCAAGGCCAGGGCAGAUCCGACCAUUCAGAACGGAGACGGCAAGACUGCAUACGAGAUUGCAGGCGAUGUCAAAACAAGAGAUGCAUUCCGCAUAGCUCGGCACCAACUGGGCGAGAAUGCGUUUGACUGGUCAAAAGCACAUGUCCCUGCACCAUUGAGCCAAGAAGAGGCUGAUGCCAAAAGUAAACAGGAGAAAGCAGCCUCGGACGCGGCGGAGGCCCAGCGGAGGAAAACAGAAUUGGAACAGAUUCGUCAAGAAGAAGACCGGCGGAGCAUUGGAAGAAUAGAGAGAAAGGCCGGGGCAGGCAAGACACUGACAGCUGCGGUGGAGAAAACUGGCGCAGAAAAGAGGGAAGAGGAGACGAGAGGGUUGACACCUGAAAUAAGAAUGAGGCUGGAAAGAGAGCGGAGAGCGAGAGCCGCCGAAGAAAGAAUCAAACGAAUGCAGGGGGCAAAAUAG